AUGGGCUGCUUAGUCGCGUUACUGUUGGUAUUGAAAUUGGCCUUGGGAGCCAUGGCCUGGGAUGUGGUACUAGCUAAUCAAACUGAUCUUUAUCAGUACUUCAACCUAGUGAGAUGUUUAGCUGCUAAUGAACCCACGUCUAAUACUACAAUUGGAUUGGACCAUGACAAUAUUCUUGGUUUUGAUAUCACAGCUCAAAAUCCUGACCAUGCAAGUUUUGUGUUUGGUUACUGCUGGAAUAAUUAUGCUAAUAAAACCAUGACAAUUCACAGCAUAAACAAUCCAGAUGAAGAUAUCAUUCAACCUGUUCACAUAAAAGAAACUCUAGAUGGUCAUGAGAUGUUUAAAAAUUGCAGUAGACCACGGUUUAAUGGUGCUAGAAAAUUUAAACGCAGCAAAUAUUCCAAUUAUUAUGUGAUGCACAUGUCAGAUACUCCAGAUGACUGCUCCAGCACUGAGCAGUUUGAUACUUAUACUGAUAUCUGUCAAGAUGACCAAAAAAAUCCAUUCUAUGCAUUUUUACCAGAUAAUAGUGAUAAUGAUACAGGAUUGGUAAUCUAUGUUUGGCCCCAUCAUGACUGUGAUAAAGGUAAUUCACGCAUGGUGUCAUUAGCUGCAGGGGCAACCGGUGAGUGUGUUUCUCGAAAGGUUUACUCUUGGUUUGGGUCUUUGUCUAAGGAUGAGUGUUAUCAAAGCACUAAUGUAUCUUGUACUCAAGUUGAAGUUGACGAAUGGACUGGGACUAUAGCAAUAGGUGCGGUGAACUAUGGUGGUGGAAAGUUGUAUGAUUCGUAUAGCUGA